AGCUCAAAUCUGGUUUUUAGUGCAGUUUCAUCUGCCCUCCCAAAAAAACCAAAAAACAUUUCCUUUUGUUUCUCUCUCCACUUUCUCUCUCCUCUCUCUAUCCCUCCACGCGCCGCCGCCAAUCCCGGCGGCUCUCUACCUCCCUCCGUCGGUUCCUCCGACCAUUUAUCCUUCCUCAUCCUUCCCUCUCCUCCUCUAUCAAUAUUAUCCAUAAAACUAAAACCAAAACCAAAAACAAAAAAUUUCUCUUUUUUCUCUCUGCGGACUUUUAUCGAAUAUUUGGUGUGCGUUAUUCUAUAGCUUCUUUGAGUUCUUCCUAGGGUUUAUUGCAAUAACAAGAGGAGAGGGAAGAAGGAAAAAAAAAAAAUUGAAAAAAGUUUUGAAAAAGGAAAAAAAUAAGCUUUUUUUUUUAGUUAGUUUUGUUUUGAGAUGGCCCAAGUUCAGGUUCAGCCACAGAAUGCGAUUCCCGGAGGUAACGCUGGCGCGGCCAACGGUGGGGCUAAUCAGUUCGUGACGACGUCGCUUUAUGUGGGAGAUCUCGACCAGAAUGUGACAGAUUCUCAGCUGUAUGACCUGUUUAACCAGCUGGGUCAGGUGGUUUCGGUUAGGGUUUGCAGGGACUUGACCACCCGGAGAUCGCUUGGCUAUGGUUAUGUCAAUUAUAGCAAUCCCCAAGACGCUGCUAGAGCUUUAGAUAUGCUGAACUUCACUCCUCUUAAUGGGAAGCCAAUUAGGAUUAUGUACUCUCAUCGUGAUCCUAGUAUUCGCAAAAGUGGUGCAGGAAAUAUCUUCAUUAAGCAGAAUUUGGACAAAGGCAUCGACCAUAAGGCCUUGCAUGAUACAUUUUCUGCUUUUGGAAAUAUCCUUUCUUGUAAAGUAGCUACUGACCAAUCUGGUCAGUCAAAAGGCUAUGGAUUUGUCCAGUUUGACACUGAGGAAGCUGCCCAAAAAGCUAUAAAGGAAUUGAAUGGAAUGCUUCUAAAUGAUAAGCAAGUUUUUGUGGGACCCUUCCUUCGCAAGCAGGAAAGAGAAAGUGCCAUUGAUAAGUCGAAGUUUAACAAUGUUUUUGUAAAGAAUCUCUCUGAAUUAACAACUGAGGAAGACUUGGGUAGAACUUUUGGUGAAUUUGGAGAACUUACUAGUGUAGCAGUGAUGAGGGAUGCUGAUGGAAAAUCAAGGUGCUUUGGAUUUGUCAACUUUGAGAAUGCAGAUGAUGCUGCUAGAGCUGUUGAAUCUUUGAAUGGGAAGAAAUUUGAUGACAAAGAAUGGUAUGUUGGAAAAGCCCAGAAGAAAUCUGAAAGAGAAGUGGAAUUAAAAACCCGUUUUGAACAGAGUAUGAAAGAGGCAGCUGACAAAUAUCAAGGUGCAAAUUUGUAUAUUAAAAAUUUAGACGACAGUAUCAGUGAUGAUAAGCUGAAGGAGUUAUUCUACCAGUUUGGUACCAUUACCUCUUGCAAGGUUAUGCGAGACCCUAAUGGAAUAAGUAGAGGAUCGGGAUUUGUUGCAUUCUCUACUCCUGAAGAGGCAUCUCGAGCUCUUGUGGAGAUGAAUGGAAAAAUGAUUGUUAGCAAACCUCUGUAUGUUGCACUUGCACAACGCAAAGAAGAUAGGAGAGCAAGGUUGCAGGCUCAGUUUUCUCAGAUGCGACCAGUUGCAAUGGCACCAUCAGUUGUUCCUCGUAUGCCAGUGUACCCCCCUGGUGGUCCAGGACUUGGACAACAAAUAUUCUAUGGUCAAGCUCCGCCUGCUAUCAUUCCUUCCCAGCCUGGAUUUGGGUAUCAGCAGCAACUUGUUCCUGGUAUGAGGCCUGGUGGGGCCCCAAUGCCAAAUUUCUUUAUGCCAAUGGUUCAGCAAGGACAACAGGGGCAGCGUCCUGGUGGUCGACGUGGCGGAUCUGUCCAGCAAAAUCAGCAACCAGUUCCAUUAAUGCAGCAGCAGAUGCUUCCAAGGGGGCGAGUCUAUCGUUACCCUCCAGGGCGUGCCCUGCCUGAUGUUCCAAUGCCUGGUGUUGCUGGUGGCAUGUUCUCUGUUCCAUUUGACAUGGGCGGUAUGCCGCUGCGCGAUGCAGGGAUGUCACAACCAAUUCCAAUUGGGGCCAUGGCCACUGCCCUGGCAAAUGCUACGCCAGAGCAGCAGAGAACUAUGUUGGGUGAGAAUCUUUACCCGCUUGUGGAGCAGCUGGAGCCCGAUAAUGCUGCCAAGGUUACCGGCAUGCUUCUUGAGAUGGACCAAACUGAAGUUUUGCAUCUGCUUGAGUCGCCAGAAGCUCUUAAAGCGAAGGUGGCUGAGGCCAUGGAGGUUCUGAGGACUGUUGCACAGCAGCAGCAGGCUGGCAAUGCAGCUGAUCAGCUGGCCUCAUUGUCACUUACCGACAACAUCGUUUCCUGAGAAUUUUAUUUAACGGCGUAUUGUACUCGUAAAAACGUAAAAACGAUGAAUUCUAGAACUACUCUAGUUGUGAGUUUGCUACAGAGCUUUAAAAAUUGGUGCGGUAGGGUAGAGCGUUGUUUUGGUUUGUUUUCUGAGAGCUUUUCCUUUCUCUUGGAGAUUGCGACUUUGUGCUUUGAGUUUGUCGUUGACAUUUGUUGACGUAUUUAUUCCUAAGAUUAAGAUGUUUGAAUUCGCAAUGGUCUUUUGUUUUGAGAAAUUUUGACGUUGGAACGCAUCAAUUAAGAUA